GAUUGCACGUCUGCUUGAAUGAAAUACCAAAGAAAACUGUAAAACAUGUAGUAGAUUUGUAACUCGUUGCACCCCUCUAGCAAGUUAAAAUUUUGAAAAGGAAUAGGUUUUAACUGAUAACUUGAAGAUAUUUGAAAAGUAUCACAUGGCAGUUGGAUCUUGCCCUUUGUAGGCAGUCAUGGAUCAAGUAAUGCAAUUUGUUGAGCCCAGCCGUCAAUUUGUAAAAGAUUCCAUCAGGCUUGUUAAAAGAUGCACUAAGCCAGACAGAAAAGAAUUCCAGAAGAUUGCCAUGGCAACAGCAAUAGGUUUUGCGAUAAUGGGAUUUAUUGGUUUCUUUGUGAAAUUGAUUCAUAUCCCUAUCAACAACAUCAUUGUUGGUGGCUGAACACUCAUCAAGAAGAUCUGUUACCUGAAGUUUGGAGCGAUGGACAAUGGGCGGGGGGGGGGGGGGGGGUUGUUUA